AGCGCGUCGCAGGAACUCCGGCGGAACGUGUUGUCGUCGUCGUCUCGUCGCCGGCUCCCGCCAGUUGAGUCGCGUCCGCUGAGGUGUGAACGUGGUUUCUUUGGUGUAGCCGAUUAACCCCUUGGAUUCCCACCAUAUCGUAGACGUGACUUUUUCCUAGAAAAAAAAAAAAAACUGGCCUGUAACAGAGCUGCCAAAUCCGGAUUCGCUGCGGAAGCGCAAAGAAAGAUCAAUAGCAAGUAUAGCGAGGAACUCGCGCAGGAAUGUCUGGAAUGGAUCAAAACGAUUACCGGCGAAAACAUAAACACCAACGGAGACAUGGAUAAUUUCUACGAGACUCUGAGAGACGGCACCUUGCUUUGCAAGCUGGUGAAUGACAUCAAGGCGGGCUCGGUGAAGAAAAUUAAUAAUACGUCGCUGGCCUUCAAAUGUAUGGAGAAUAUAAACGCCUUCCUGGAAGCCGCGAAGUCAUUAGGUGUUCCGCCGCAAGAGACCUUCCAGACCGUAGACCUCUGGGAAAGACAGAAUCUAAAUUCCGUUGUUAUUUGCUUACAAUCUCUCGGAAGGAAGGCGGGCAAUUAUGGCAAACCGAGUAUUGGACCCAAAGAAGCGGAUAAGAAUGUACGCAAUUUCACAGAGGAACAGUUGAGGGCCGGACAGGGCGUGAUAAGUCUACAAUAUGGUAGCAAUAAAGGCGCUAAUCAAAGCGGUAUUAACUUCGGAAACACUAGACAUAUGUAAACCGCCUUGCAUUCUCACUGAGAGGCAAAACUGCUCUGUUCUCACCUAUCCUGACUUUGUUUCCGCAACAAGUACUCCUUUAGAUAUAGCAUAUCGCAUAAUAGAUGUUAAUGAGGUCCAAAAUAAAAUAUAUUGAACGGUG